AUGACUUUUCCUCAUUGUACAAACUAUUAUCUGCGGUCUCGGGAGAAAUCCUGGCAAGCGGAAGAGGACUUGACGGUUAGUGACGAGUCGAUUGCCACUUUCACAACAUUUUGCCAUGUGACACAAGACGAGGAAAAACCACAGGCCCUGUGCUUGCAGACACCGAUCAACGAUCACACACUCUUACUGCUCACGCACAAAUUCAUGGCCAUGGUCUCACAGCCAGCAAAGCUUCUUGCUGUAUUGGUAGCCAACUGUGAGGGCAGAACGUCCAAGCAAGUUUACUGGGCUAAGGCCACUGCAUAUCAGCAAUCGGAGCUGCAAGGACUCUGCACGUCUUGGUACCGCAUCAUGGAGGACAUCAAUCACUAUGAGCUGACGCGUGUAUCGACGCAGUCAUAUCGAUUGAGGAGUCGGCGACGAGUCUUCCACCUGCCACAAACCACGAUCCCAAGACGUGGGUUUCUCUCCUCCACAAGCGCAGAGCAGUGUCGAUCUCCCCCUUCGCUCGAGGACAAAUGCUCGGACGCCUCGUCGCAAGGCAUGAUCCUCUCAGGCUCGGGGCUGUCCAAGCGGUCACGGAUCACCAAAAAGAGCAACGAAUUCCUCGUCGCGUGGUUUCUUGCCCACAAGGACAACCCGUACCCGUCUCCAGACGAGCGGGUGGAGAUCGCUGAGAAGACUGGACUAGCGGAGCAGCAAGUACGCAACUGGUUUGCAAACAUGCGCAAACGUCACUGGAAGCCCAACCGCGCAAACGCGAAGAAGCCGCGUUAUGAUCAGACCUUGCCAUGGGAUGGCCGAUUCCGUUACCUGACGGUGGCUUCGCUCACAGACAAGUACCUGACUCACAUUUUGACCAACCGCCAAAACGGCACCGUAAAACCGGACCAGUGGACGACCGUCACAACGCGCGGCCGCUCGCCUUUUAACGGCGAUACGGGCGUUGCCACGAUUGCCGUCGACUCGGAGGCUAUAUUUGGCGGUCAAAGCAACUUCUGUCGCUCAGAGCUCGUGCAGAAUGUUGCGGGUAAUACGGUGGGCACCACCUUUUUUCGCGUGAGUCUAAUGAAGGAAGUCCCGUACAUUAACCUGCAUUCGUGGCAGGUUGUGUUUUGUGAGUCCCAUUUGUUUGAGAUCCGCAUCGACGCGUCCGUGAACCCGGUUCAGCUGGUUUGGUACACUGGCGGAAGCACUGAGGCCCGCUGGUCCACCGAAUUUAAGACUAAGACGUGGUACAAUUUUGGCAUUGCCGUGUCUGCGGGGAAGCUGGCUCUGUAUUUCAGUGAAGGAGACGACGCCCUGGCACUCACAAAGACUGAAAGCUACAAUGGUGAAGUUCCUAGGAACUAUGAGUUUAACUUCGGCCAGCUCACACUUUCGAACGAUGGCAGUCCCGUCAAUAUGGUGGAAGGUGAGCAGGAUGUGCUGCUCUUCAAUGGCGUGUCAGUCGAGGACAGUAUUCCCAGCGGCACCAGCUCGAGCACAUCAACCAAGAGUUCGACACUAAAUUUCUCCAGUGUCUCGGCUUCAGCUACUGUUUCAACGACGCCGACGGCCGCCGCUGAUACUGAUACCGCUACAGCGACGGCUUCCUCGGUGAAGACGCCUGCUGACGAGACGACUGACGCUAGACGCUCCACGGAUCCGCCUGCAUCUACCAGUGAAAGCGAUGGUGAUGACAACGACGCUGCUUCUACUAAGAAAGCGCCUAACGGUACAGACGCGCCAAUAACCAAGAAAUUAGGCUGCAAGGUUCGUCGCAACUAG